AUACGACACAAGACGAGUUACGGACAAUAAGCUAAACAGUGAAUUUUCAAGAGCAGGGAAAGGUGAACAGGGUGUCUUCGCUGAUCAACGAUUCAACUAUCCAAAUGUCGAUGCAUCAAGAACCCCAAAUAGCAACAGAUCAACAUUGGAAGUUGAUGACAUAAGACAAGCUCAAAUCGAAGAUAGUAUUAUUGGUAAAGUGUACUCCUUUAUCAAAGCAGACAAGCGAUCUACGACAAGUGAGCGAGCCCGUGAAUCAACCGACACACAAUCGCUUCUUCGCGAAUGGCAGAGACAGUCAAUUGGUUCAGACGGAGUGUUAAGGCGAAAGAAAGGAACACACGACCAAAUAGUCCUACCCAGAAAGUACCACGCAAUGGUACUAAGAGAACUCCACAACAACAUGAGUCAGCUUAACAGUAAGAAAUGUAAGGAGAUGAUAAUAUCCUUCCUCCAAUACCACCUUGCACUUGAUAAUGCGAUCUAUAUAGAUGGUUCGCCAGUGCAAUCAGUAUCUUCCUUUAAACUGCUCGGUGUGCUACUGAGGGAGGAUCUAUCUUGGUGUGAUCAUAUUGACUAUGUGAUUUAA